AUGGUUCGUUUAACCGUCUACCCCAAACGCUCCAAGAUGAGUAACAAAAACAUUGAGCCUCAUGGGAGCUGGGACGGAGACUUCACCUGGCAUGGCUACUUCCUGCGAACGCACAUCAAGACAGUCACUCCAGAGUAUAACAUGAACGAUCCUAGCACAUGGCCAUUGAUACGCAAAGUCAUUGCAACCGGAAACCAAGCCGACCACAGCAAGACCACAGUUCCUCCGGAGUAUCUGGUAUAUGAUCAGAACCUCGUUAGAGGUUUCAGACGUCUUCAAAACACACAAGGUAAAUCCGUUGAAACGAGCCAAUAUAUGAGGAACCUCUUCCUUCACUAUCCAUUCAAUUACGAUCGUCACGGCAAACUGCGAGAGCAUCUACAUAUAACACCUAAUGAACUCGAAGAAUGGAAGAAACAGAUGAGCUGUGCAGUACCGACCAGGAAACAAGAGGCAGUCACUAAGAAUGCGACUACCAACGACCACACCAACGACACGGCUACCAAGGAUGUUUCUCCGGAAGCAGGAUUCAAUGAGAUCAUGAAGAUGCUUGGUUCAGAGGCAGACACAGACAUGAUUCCUUACACUAGUGUGGUGGAGCUGGAAGAAGAACUCGAGAAGACCAGGAAACAAGUUUCAGAAGCCAAGAAAACAGCUGAACUUGCAGAGGAGGCGAAAGCUACGUUGGACAUGGCUUAUAAAGCUGCCUGCAAAAGUUACACCAUAAGAGUCAAUGGCAGAAUGCGUGAGCUCAGAGAAUAUUGGACCAAGCUCCUCUCUCAAGAACGGACAAACCACGGUAACGCAAAGGAAUUGUUGGUGCUUAUGAAAGAAGCGAUGGAUCAAGAGAAAACGAGGGCCGAUGCUGCAGAGACAGUUGUUCAGGCGCUGAAAGUAGAUCUCGCCGGCCAUAGCAACGACUUGGAGAAGAGUAAGAAAGAGGUUGAGGAACUCAAGGCCGAGGUCAAACAGAGUAGCAAGGACAUCUCGGCGGCAAAGCAGAAGGCAGCGGUGGCGGAGCAGCAGAUCCUCAAGAUCCUAGAGGAAAUGAAAAAGAAGAAACAGAGCGCAGGUUCACAAAAGAGGAAAUCGAGUGAGGAUGUGUCGGAAGCACAACGAAAGAGGUUGAAGACUGAGGUCUGA